GGCUCAUGAAUCGCUGGCCCAAUAUACAGCAACAGCUGAGCUACGAGAGAAAGCUGGGUCCCUGGGGGCCUAAGCUGAGCCUUGGGGCUUCCCAAUAAUGUGACCUUAGUCAAGUCUCUCAGGAAAGGAAAAAAGAUAACCGGCUUCUGUGGAGUCUGGAACAGCAGCUGGACCCCACCCCUCGGCGUGAGAAGGAGGGGGCGACUUGAAUCCCUCAGCUGACGCUGGGAGACCCGAGUUAGUACGGGGCGGGAAGUAGAUCUCGGUUCUGGGGUUACAGGGGGAGCUGUCCAGCCCUGCAGAUCCAGCUGGAAAGGAGAGUGGGCCAAGGCGCGCCAGGCGGAGCAAGGCGCGGGCGCCAGGCGCGGGUGCGGCAGUGACUCCCCCUUGCAGCCCGCUCCCCACGUGGCCGCCGCCGUCCCAGCCCCUCCGAGGAAGCGGCGCGGCUUCCUGCGGCUCGGGCCGGGGAUAUAGGCGCCCCCGCCCGGGCCAGCUCAGCUCCGCCGCCCCUCCUCGCCUUCUCGCCCAAGGCGUGAUGGCCCGGUUCCUGGUGGAGCGCGCCCCGGGUGGAUCGCCGCUCACUCUGACCCGCGCCGGGCGGCCGGCAGCGCUCCGCCUCCCUCCGCUGCUCCUGCUGCUGCUGCUGCUGCUGCUUCUGGGUGCUGUCUCAACCUCUCCGGAGUCCCUGAAUCAGUCUCUUUCCACUGAGGACAGCUGGCUGUCGAAAGGGAAUAUGGAGGACAGCUAUGAAGAGAAUGUCCAGUAUUGCUGGUUUGAUUAUAAGAGUCUUAUGGACUCGGUCAAGGACUGGUGUAACUGGACUUUGAUUAGCAGGCAUUACAGCGACCUGCAAUAUUGCUUGGAGUACCAGGCGGAGAGGUUUGGCCGGGGGUUCCCAAAUCCUUUUGCAGAAAGGAUCAUCUUUAAGACUCACCUGAUACACUUUGCCAACUGCUCCCUGGUGCAGCCCACCUUCUCCGAUCCCCCAGAGGAUGUGCUCUUAGCCAUGAUCAUCGCCCCCAUCUGCCUCAUCCCGUUCCUGGUCACUCUUGUGGUGUGGAGGAGUAAAGAUAGCGAUGCCCAGAGCUAGGGGGCACGAUCCUCAGCGGCCAUCUUUCCCCUUACCCCUGCUGGAACUGGGAAUCUCUCUUCCCCUUCCUAUCUCCUUUUCCCGCUCUCGUCUUCCCCACAGACCUUUGGAUUGGUGGAAAUGGAAGCCAAGUCGAGUCAUGGAACAAUUUCUGUAGUCUUUUAAAAAAAAAAAGUGUUUUUGUACAAUA